AUGGAUCUAAGUAAAACACCGGGAAUGCAGCCGCCGGCCGGCCAGUCAUCUCAUUUCAAUGGGCCCUAUAGCUCACUUCAGAUUGGAACUGUCAUUUGUUUUGGCGUCACCUACUUCAUCGCUACAUGUUUUAUGGGGCUUCGGGUCUUCCAGGCGGUCAAGUUGGUCAAGAGUAUCGAGCUGGAUCUGAUUGUGAUCAUAAUUGCUUAUGGCGUAUCUGCGACCUACUUUGCCACGAUAGUUCAUCAGAUGACAUGGGGUUGGGGAAAGCACAUGUGGAAUGUCUCAUUGGCAGAUCUUGUGCAAUUCAACAAGGGCUUACUUCCCAAUACCUUGACCUAUUUGAUCUGCCCAGCCAUUACAAAAAUGGCCAUUGUGUCCGUUUUAUUUCGGAUUAAUCCCUCGGUGAUCUACCGCUGUAUUGUGAUAGCUGUUGCUAUUUCAAUCUUCGCAUAUACUCUGGUAUUAUGCACCAUCGUCGGAGGACCAUGCAACCCACUCAAAACCGGAACUACAGUAUGCUUGGAGAAUGUUGCUUUGGCUCAGUCGGUUUUAAACAUUGCAUCAGACAUCGCUGUCAUAGCCUUACCCAUCCCGACAAUCCAUGGUCUUCAUCUAUCCAUGAAGAAUAAAAUGACGGUCGGGUGUCUUCUAACCCUAGGAUCUGGCGUCAUCGUUUGCUCAAUCGCCCGCCUCCCUUACGUUCUCCUGCUCGACACAACCGAAGACGUAACCUACACCGAAGCGAUCCUAGGGAUAUGGUCAAUGGUCGAAAUAAAUCUCGGCAUCGUCUGCGCAUGUGCAAUGCGCAUGAAGAGAUUAAUUGCAACAUAUCUCCCGCGGCUAUCCUUGUUCUCGACUAACCCGAGCCAUACUGCUAAAAUAUCGCAUGGGUCGGACCUGAAGAGAUUCCAACCUAACGGUAGAGGUGAGCACUCAUACCAGCUUCACAGCCUCCAAGGGAGCAGUGCGGAUCCAUUUAGUUAUCCCGGUGGUAUAAAAUAUCAUCAAUCGUUCAAGGUUGAUGUACAAUCUAAAUAUGGGGGAGGUGGGGAUGCCGCGAGCACGGACAAAAUUUUGAUCUGA